GCAGGUGUCAAAAAUAUCCCAUAGUUGUAAAUUUCUCCCUAUUGGACGUACGCGGAAUCCGUACGAAGCCUCCCUCCCCGUCUGGUGCCUCCGCGAAGCACCGUACUAUCUCGCACACACCAGUUUCGCAUUUUCGCACACCUUUCACUGCACGCGGAAACAAAUUUCGCUUGGGAAAAUCGUUUGGCGUUGCGAUCACGUUCGCUAGUCCGCGCUCGCAUGGUCUCCUCAGUUCGUGCUGUCAAAUUCUCGCCGCAUUUUCAGCGCAACGCCACACGGAAAAAUCGGAAAAUCUCGAAUCAGAAUUAAAACCUUUAUUGCGUGCUCGCAGCCUGUUAUCGAAAUCGAAUUUAGCGAGGAAAUUGAAAAGCAGCUUCUUGUGAAAUUGUCGCGCAUUCGGACGGAAAGUAGUCGCUUGGAACGUGUGCGCCCCCAUCGUGAGUGAGAAUCGGAACCGUUCCGCAAGCGCCCCAGCAAACAGCCACCCCGUCGGCGAAACCCUUCGCCAAAUAUAAUGUGGUCUCCCCCUUCGUGAGCGCUCCGUGGCCGUUCCUCUCCACCGUUGACCGCGACAACACCAAAAUUCGCGCUCUGCAAGAAGUCGUAAAAUUUACUUUUUUUUCUUUUCAUUUCUGCUUUUAUUUUGCAUUUUUUGUUUGUCUCGUGCUCGCUGGCACCUCCGUCACUGUCAUUCUCACGUCAAGUCCCGAGUCAGUCAAAAUUCAAAUCCGCAGAUUUCAUCAAUUUUCGCUCGUCCUUCUGUGCCGCGCAAUCCUUGCUCCAUUCAGAUUAGCUCAAGGAGUCUCGGAAUCCCAGCUACUCACGCCAGCGGCCCUGUCGUUGGUAUUUCGGUUAAUCGCUCGAAUCGAAGGCUUUUGUGAAUCACCAUUUGUGAGCCGGGACAGUUCGCGAACUCCGUCGCAGAAAUGGCCAGUCCGUACGAUAAAAUUGUGGAUAUGAUCAAGAAGCUGGACCUCAACGACGACACCAUUGUCAUGAGCCAGAAGAUCCGCUCCAUCGAGCAGGACUUCUGCAACAUCGUCAUCGACGAGGAAAUGCUCAGUAAAUCGAUGGAAUACAUAAACGACCAAGUACUACAAGACUCAGACGCUUCAUUAAAAUUCGCCAUUCUAUUUGCAUCUCGCCCAUUCGACUCACUGGCUAUGAAUGAUAUCAAAGUCCGUUCAAAGAUGCUUACCAUCCUACAAGAGAACUACCGCAGUGCUGACGACUUUCGGAAGCAAGAUCGAAGAAUUCUAUACAACUCGAUAACCCUUUUGGGGGAAUAUUAUCACCGCAUAAGACUGGUGAAUGGUGUACCCAUAACAGUACUAGGCGAAUCGCUCCUGGAGCAACUAAUAAAAGAAUUGAGUCUUGGAUUGGAUGGCCUCAUUCACCCUGUGGACUAUAAACUGGCAAAACUUAUACUGUCACAGAUUACUCUAAACGGGUCCCUGUUACGCCCAAAACACAAAGAAGCACUUGAUGCUCUGCUCUUCCUAAUUCGCCGAAGUCUCAUUGAACUCCCAACGCUAACUGAAGCUGUGAAAGCUCUUCUGCUUAUGACGCUUGACCUGUACUAUAAUGACUUCAACAAUUUGGGUGACAAUUUGGAAACAAUGUACACAAAAUACUUGAUUGAAGAGGAGAAUUCAGAGCCAGCAUCACUUAAUACCACUCUAGAACCAAAUCGCGAAAUUCUUCCUCCCGACGACCAAGGGGAGCACAGUCCUGAAAUCAUGAAAUCAAAGUGGAGCGAAGAAGUGCCUGAUGCUUUCGUUAGUAGUUUCAUUGAGAAUGAUAGUCCCCAUUCAGCAACAGAUCUGCAUUCACCAUCCAACACGGAUCAAGAUCGUCUGUCGCCUGUUCACAAGACAAAUAGCAACUACAAUAUGGGAUAUGACGAUGACAGACAUAGCAUCCGCAGCGAGGGCGGCAGUAUAAGACUUUAUAAUGUAAACGAUAGACUGAGGCGUGCUCAACGCAAUAAUGGCGGUAACGGAGGUGGCUGGGAACGGAACUACAAUUCAUAUGACCGUAAUCGUCGCAGUAGCAGCCGAAAUAGCAAUAAUCAAUACGAUAAUAAUCGUAACUACCGCAACAAAAACAACCGCGGCUACAACACUUACAAUCGCCCGCCACGUUUCAGUAAUAACGAGCUGUGGCGAAAUGGAAGUGACUACGGCGGCAGUAGACAAAAUCUACAGGGCUCAAACAGCCGAAGUUCGUCACAAAACCGGGAUCGUUAUCCUCCACGAUCGCGUUACGACAAUUAUGGCGGUCGAAGUGCUAGUCCAACGUCCAGCAAACAGUCAUUUUCCAAUCCAAAGGGUAAAGAUAACUUCAAUCGUCACAAUGGAUUCAACCGCAAUCCACAACAGCAACAGCAUCGACAACAGAGUCGAAAUUUUGCUCACAAUCGCAGCAAUCGCUACGGCAGCCAUAACAGUUUGACAAGUGAUACAGGGACCUGGGAGCGUCGAGGACGUCGUCGGAACUCACGCGGCAAAAGUGAGGAUUACUACUCAAACGACGAUACUCGAAGUUUGCACGACAACCAGAACGAUGACGACUGGCACGCCCCCACUGAGAGCAAUGAACUAAUUAAGAACGCUCGCAACACGACAGACUACAUGAAGUUUCUGUCGAAGAAAUAAUAGUCAUACAUGUCGCCAUUUAGCUCUAACUGUAACUCAAUUUCUCAAAUUGUUUAUAUUUGCUUUCCGUAGCAAUGUUGAUUAUUGAUUGUAUACUCGAUUUGAUUACACAAACGGUUUGUGUAUGUAAAAAUUAUGUUUGUUUUGUAGUAGUAAAAUUUAGAAUUAGUAUAUUUUAGAGCAUGUACUUUCAUCAUUGGUCGGUCCAGAUAAAUACUUCGACUAAACGUUUGCGCGAUGCAACACUUUCGAAAGCAACAAAAUCCAUUAUAGCGCGAGUCUUCUACCGCUGAUUGCUAAUCGGCCAAGUAUUUAUUUUCUACGCUUUUUACAUUUAGACAGUUUGACCGUUUCUAUGAUUUUUUUGAGUAAAUCUCGUGAUUUCUCUCACAAACGCAAUCUCCCAGGACUUCAAUUUUUUGUUGCUUUCCAGCGAGUAAAUUGUCUCAUCUCUUAUACAUAUUUACAUACAUUUUAGAUAUAAGGUUAAAAUAAUGCUAGAAAAAAUUUUUGUAAGAAAUUGAUUGUUUAUAGAAUGUUUACGAUAAUUGUAACUGAGAACCUAGUAUUAAAGAAGAAAAUAUUUUGACAUCAA